AUGAGCAACUGUGAUGUGGACGACCCUCAAAUCGGCACUGAUUGCAGAGGAACACAGACUGCAGAAUCUGAGCUGGAUCAAGUCAAGCAAAAAUUAAGCACAGCUGAAGAUACCGUUGUGUACCUUUCCGACAAGAUGAUGACGUACAGGUAUAGAUGGCUUGAGGAAUACUACCGCGCUGAUAACCUCGAGCGUCACAUGCCUUCGGAUGUUUGCCUGCCGAUCGUCCCUCAAAUUGCCGAGGGUGCCCCUUCUCCUGGCCUCUCUCCAGAAUUUUUGGAAUGGGAUUUAGAAGAUGGAGCUUAA